AUGGGGGCGGCGAGCUGCAAGUGCGGCAAGGACCGACACAGGCGACGACCCGCAGCUGCUCCUGAACCCCUGCAGGACGCACGGACUACCCCUCCGGCAGCGGGCCCGCGCCGAUCGUGCACCUCUCCACCAGCGUGGAGCCGGACCGACAGCCUCCCGGGCGGGAACAGCCCCGAAUGGGGCCCCGGCUUCGUGGAGAAGGACCUGCAGAGCGCGCGCAGCUCGAGUGCCAGGGUGGUUCUGGAAGGCGGCAUCACCUAUGAGGGCUCCUGGCUGCCUGACGCAGACGACAGGGGCGGCUGGACCACUGCUCAGAUCGCCUGGGCCGGCCGAGUCAAGCACGGACAGGGCACUCUGGCGCACCCGGACGGGCAGCGCUACUGUGGCCAGUUCAAGUACGACCAGAAGUCUGGUUACGGAACCCAGACGUACCCCAGCGGCUCCACGUACAGCGGGCAGUGGGCAGACGACCUGCAGAACGGCCACGGCACCGAAAACUGGGCCGACGGCUCCGCGUUCGAAGGCCAGUUCCGUGCCGGCGAGAAGCACGGCUGGGGCCGCUUCAUGUGGGGCAACGGCUGCCUGUACGAGGGCGAAUUCGUGCGCAACGACAUGCACGGGGAGGGCUCCUACGCUUGGAGCGACGGGAGGAUUGAUGGGAUGUUCUGCGGGCAGUGGUCCCGCAACUACAUGGGGCCCUCCGGCUCCAUGCAGUGGCCCGACGGCCGCGUCUACGAGGGCGACUUCCUGGAGGGCCGGAAGCACGGGGAGGGCACCCACUGGUGGCCGGACGGCCGCUCGUACGUGGGGCAGUGGCGAGAGGGCAAGCAGCACGGCAUCGGCGUGGCCCGCGCCAUGAAGGGAGAACCGAGCCCGGUGGGAGAACGGCAAGUUCAUCGAGUGGCUCGACCAGCCCGCAGCCUCCGACGCGGGGCUGGAGUCGGAGCGCAAGCGCCCCCGCCGAAGAGUUGCGGCCCUGAGGCGGGCCAGCACCAGUGCCGCUUGCCUGCGCCUCUGCGCACUGCCCGGCGCCCCCAGCGUGGUGCAGGUCGCCCCGCAGGGUGGCAUCCGCCUCAUCCGCCUCACGACGGCGCCGCGCUGCACGGGGCAGCCCAGGCGCUCCCACUCCUUCGGCAGGCGGCAGCGCCGGCGCCGCGACGUCACAAUGGAGAGCAGGUUCAAGCUCACGGUCCUCGGGACCUGCGACCUCGAAAUAGACGGCAAAUCGUUGCUCAGCUUGCGCAACUCCCCGACGGAGGCCGCGAGCCACCAGCCCGCCGAGGACACGACGCCGCAGCUGCCGGUGGCCGCGGGCGACCACCAGCUGGUCCUCCGGUACUCCGAGGACCAGGGUGUGGCGGGCAUCAAGUUCGAGUACGAGGGGCCCGACAAUCACAACCUCAUGGGCGUCGUCCCGAGGAUCCGGGGCAAGCUGCUGCACCCGCGCGGCCCCUGCAGCCUCCGGGACAUCCCGCACGUCGGCGCCCCCCGUGCAUGGCGUCCGAGGGCGUGCUGCCGCGGUGGGCGCUGGGCGACGGCGAGCGGUGCACGCCGCGCUGCGAGGUGGGCUACUUCCCCGGGGGCCUCAACGCCUCCCUGUCGGAGGACGUCGAG